ACGAACAGGAAACGGACAGGAGUUUACUUGCGAAGACAAAACUAUCAAACAGAAGCCAAAACAGUAUUGCUUGGUGUAAUCAUGCUUCCCAACGCCAGAUACCUGCAACUGUUGAUAGCAUUUGUAGUAUGCAUCGCGUUGACAGGGCAAAGCCAAGCAAAAAAUGUCAGCUCACAUCCGAGCCAAACGUCUACAAAUCUGGGAAGAUCAACGAUAUGGAAAAAGACAACUCUCUCUAAUGACACGGAGACUUCGGUAAGUGAUGAUGUUCAUUUCAACUAUUAGAGGGUUUUGCAUGAGUAAACUAUGUCGUGUAAUAACAAGAGCUCCACAAUAUAGACUUGUCGGGAUUGGAUUCGCAACUCAUACCAAGGGAUCACUGAGCUUUAAAAGCCCUCAUGGUCAAACGAGUCACUGAGCUUUAAAAGCCCUCAUGGUCAAACGAGAAUUGGCAGUCGCAUAUUGUUACAGGGGCAUUUCAAGCUCUAGAUUAACAAAAUAAAGGUUCCGCCUACUACGACCUUAAAACAAUAUCAAGUUCAGUGCAUAAAAAAGUUUAAAGUCGUUUCCUAACUUCUUCAAUUUCUGAAACAGGCCAAGCAUCAUAUACCUUGGAUCUCUGCUGAUUAACUAGUGAUGAAGUUUGCUAGAAAAUCGCUUCAGAAAUCUUCCAUAAAAAAGACUGGAGAUUUAAUAUCCGGAAUAAAGUCCCGGUCAAACGAGACUUGAUGACAAUUGUCAAUCACGCAUUGUUACAGGGGAUAUUUCAAACUCUAGAUUAAAUUAACAAAAUAAAGGUUUGACGAGUGUUCCAACUAUGUUUUAACUCAAAUAGAAUACAUGAUAGUGUUGGGAAAGCAUUAAGAACAGCUAACCAAGUUCGCGUGACUGUCAACUCUCAUGUACUCCCAUCCCCACAAGCAACGUUCUUGACACGUACGCUAAUCGGAAAUCACUCGAGACAGAUGGCGAACGUGACUUCUAGAAUAGGGAACCAAGGUGAUACCUUUGACGCGUUCAGGAAUUAGUGGUCCUUUGCAUAUUAAACUAAUACUAACUUAGAAACUACUAGCAUUUAUCAAGAGGUGGCAAUUUUAAAAACACGACUGAACGAUUCGCAAAUACUGUAAAGAUCGUCACAAAAUAGUUGAUCAGGUUGGCCACGUGAGCAGAUCACCCUUCCGUGAAGAUAUUCCAUUCGUGAAUUUACAAAUGCUUUACAGAACGCCCGAAUACGACCAUUAAUCAUUAUUCUCUAUAUACACAAGUUAUCAAAGUUAAAAUCUAAAUAGCACAUAUUGAUAUUUCCUGCUGUCGGCACCCUAUAUUAAUUCCUUGUCAAAAACAACUGGUACUCUGGAGCUAGUAUCUAGACAGAGCGAAGACUUUGUUGGCGACCUAGUAGUUGACCAAAAUAUUAGCCUGCAUGUCAACCUAUAUAACUUCACAGACGAAUUGGUUAACCCUCGCUAAAUAAUCCGACAGUGGGGUGGGGAUGGGGGGGGGGGGGGCAAGGGAAAUUAUAGUAACUUUAAGUCCUGGGAAAGCUAAAUUUGUGAUUUAUGGUAAUGCUGCAUCAUGAGCCAAGAUCUUGGACCAGGAUUGCCGCUGUCAGAUCUAUACGUAUUGCCGAACAGUUGGUCAUGUGCUAUAAUCAUUUCGGAAUUUCUAUAAACGCUUGAUCGCAGGCUGUUUCAAGUUUUCAGCAAUGCCAUUGAAACAAUCAGUGAAAACAGAUAUUGUGAAAUACAAUAUCCAUGUCGUCUUUCCGACACGUCUGUAUUGCAAACAAUAUUGCAAGAUUGUAAUAAUAUCUGUUGGUUAGAAGCAAAGCAUGACGUCAGGUCUUCUAUUUUGUCGCUUUGGGCUUCCCGCGGACAAUCAUAUCAAGAACAGUAUAUGACACUCAAAUCUUACUGCACUUUACCCAAUGUAUUUUUUGGCACGAAAGUGAGUUUUUCUUAAUUAAUUAAAUGGUUAUAUGUCGUGAUUUUCAUUCUAUCCACGCCCAGGGCUAAUUUUUACCUCAUUUUUUCCCAACACUCAAUUUGUUUACCCAAUGGCAGAAUUUAGUGGGCAGGGGUUGAGGACAUCCUCUUACCAGUUAAAUUGUGACACCCCCCCUGGAAUUCAGUUUAUAUCCCCCCCUCUCCUUGAAUUUCCUAGGAAUUUCUAUGAUUUCAUUAUUAGAUACCCUUGGAAAAUGGCUAUAAUCACAGACCCUCUCCUGGAUUUUGGUCAGCAUGGUCAUAGCGAAUGCACAAUAACACUAUUUUUGUUUUACAGAGAGGAGGCUUGAGCAAGAGCCAAAAAAGAAAAAUCAUAAUCGUGACGCUGGUUGUAGCAACAACGGGUGCCAUCUUCAACGCUGCUGUCAUUUUGGCAAUAAUCAUAGAUCCUUUGAAAACGCUUCGGAAAGGAGCAUGGAUAACCAUCCUGAACCUUGCAAUUGCAGACUUAAUUUCAUGUAUAUCGGGCUUUUGUGUUUUCGGAUGGGAGUUUAUCAAACCCAGUAGAGAAAGCGAGACAGAAUAUGCGAUUUCCUUUUUUGGUUGGAGUUUUGGGGUCUCUUCUUCGUUCCUCAUGCUAACAUUCUUUACAGUGCAAAUUUACGUGAUCACAAAAUUUCCUUUGAAAAGUCGUUUCAUGUUCACGGACGUCAAGGUCGUCCUGAUAACAUUGGCAAUUUGGCUUUUCUCAUUUCCAUUAGGACUAAGUUAUAUCUCCUAUCUUAAAUACCCUGUAGAAGUGGGUUUAAAACUUUGGGCAGGCCGAAUAUGCGUCCUACAAAUUGCACUCCUCGUUCAAGUGAUCUUGAAUAUUUCUGUCACAAUCGAGAUCAUGAAAAGUGGACGUAACACUGGCAAUCAUUCUUCACAAAACAACAAGCACAGGAAUAUCGCAAAGACAGUCAUCAUUCUUACCCUCGUUCUCCUUGUCACGGCUUUCCCGUAUCUCUUAUUCCGACAAAUAGAAUUUAUCUUCAGAUUGGGGCACUUUGGUGACAGUAAAAGCGCGCACACAUUGGGCUCCCUUUCUUUUGGCUACACCCCGAUCGCAGUGCUCAAUUUUACGGCCAACCCAAUUCUAUACUCUCUUCGUUUGCCAGACUACCGACGAACCCUGCUCGCUUUCGUUGGUAAAAUUAAAAGUAAAGGUGGCCGUCCACUUAUAUCGACACCGAAUACGUCGUUGAAGUUAACACAAACGCACGCGUCUUCCUUGCUACGAGGCUCCGACCGUUCGUCGUUUCAACAAAGCAAGAGAUGUUCCAUGGAACGAUCAUCUGUCCCCGUCAGCUCGCCUGUAUGAAGAUCCCGUGCGAUCCAAAACAUUAGAGAGUUUACGAUCUACGACGCGGCCGACUCAACGCUUUCGAAACAAAGAAAUUUGUCAUGCAAGACAAAAACUGUGAAUAAUUUGUGGCCCCAGGGAUAUUCUUAACGGCUAUGUCAUUCUCAACACAACGUUAAACUAAGCAUUAUAUUAUAAUGUCUUUCAAGCAACGUGAAAGUUUAUUACAACAAACAUUUCAUCGCCUUAGCCGACCAUAGCAGUUUGUAAGGUUAUUUGAAAAAGCUUCAAAUAUUUAUUACAGUUAUCAAAUUGCUUAUCGUUCAUUCUUGAGCUGAAAUUCAGACCGCGUCGCAGAUCAUAAACUCUCUAACAUCUCACGACCCGGUGAACAGUAUAUAAAUAAGAACAGUAUAAAUAAUGGUAGGAAACUCGAAAAGGAUGUACUAUACUACUAUAGAAGGUAUUAUAUACCAUUGCAUGGUAGCCUAGAUUGUUAUGCAAAACCAUGGUCGUUUCAUGAUCAUGUGCGGUUCUUGUGAAAUCAAGCAAUAACGAUGUUUGAUUUUGCAAGAAACAUGAUGACUAUUGUAAUGCUUAGUUUUAUGGUCCAUUGUAGCAGGCCGUGUGCAGGCAUCUAUCCUUAAAUGCGGGUUGGUGCCUGACAGGUUGAUAUAUAUAUAUAUAUUUGGGUUUUGCCACGGUUAAUUAAGUUUGUUUGAUUGGUUUAUUCUAUUCCCUUUCCCUUUCUAGUUAUCCUAUAAAGGCUAGUUUCCACUCAGGAAAAUUAUCCCUGGAUUGGAACGGAUACUGAGAACAUUUUUCUUUGUGUUAAAGUCAUUAGUUCCAACCCAGAGCUCACAAGACAAAGAAAAACUUUCUUGUCCGUUCCAAUCCACGGAUAAUUUUCAUGAGUGGAAACUAGCCUUAAAAGCAGCUUGUUUUAUUAAGUGUCUGUCGAGAAGUAUUUCACAAAUGUUUAUAUUUAACUCGCUCGUUCGACGGCAGAUCAUUGAAGAGUUAUACAGCGCUCAUAUUAAAUGAGUUACUUCAGCUGGCUACGCCGGUUUACACUAUACCAGAUAGUUUUCCGUAGUGGCGCAAAAGAUCAUUUGUAAUAAGACCUCGGAAAAUAGCGUUCCUAAAUUCUAAAAGGUAUGGAUAGGUGUUUUUCGCGUCGCUAUUCGAAAAUCUAUCGGCACACGGUGUAAAUGUACUCACGUAGCCUUAAACUUGAAGUUUCUAAAACUUAAAGCCCUUAUCUUGCUCUGCUCAGUUCUUGCAACUUAGUUGUUUUAUAUUCUUUACGUUUAAUUAUUAAACACAGAAGUUAUGUCAAAUAUAGAUAUAGGUAAAUUUUUCCACUGAAGUGGCUUGAGAAAUAACAUAAACAAAAAUAGUCUAACAUAUAUGUGGUAUUGUAGAGCUUGUAUCGUCUACUGAUAUAUAAUAAAGAGUUAAAUCGCACCUCCAUCUCAGAAUUUCACAAUUUUUCAAGACGUCUUCCCCGCCAAGAGCCUGGGUACGAGAUUGCUUCCCCGCUACCCAACUCUAGCCUGCAUGCAUGCAGGCACACCCGCGAGGCGGGACACCUGAAAGUCGGGCGAAGCGUUCUUCGUCUCGCCCGCUGUUCAGGUGUUAACUAUGGUUUAUCGCGUUUUAUCUUUCACUUCAAAAUUAGCCAUUUCUUUUUUAACCAGAC